CACUUGUGAAUCUAUUCGUUUCUCUGAAGAAUUUAUACUUAAUAGUAGCAACUACAAAACUUGUAAUAAAUGUAGAUUCGCAAGAUCUAAAAAAAAAAGUGAAUCAGCCAGUAGCUCCAAUAUUGAAAACAAUUUCAUUGAAAUAAUUUCUAUACAAGAAGUUAGUCGCUCCAAUAUUGAAAACAAUUCCAUCGAAAUAAUUCCUAUACAAGAAGUUAGUAGCUCCAAUAUUGAAAAUAAUUUUAUUGAGAUAAUUCCUAUACAAGAA